AGCUGUUGAACUAGCCGGUAGUCUUAAGUAUCAACGGCCCUAGUGAACACCACCCAAAUCCCACUCCAACCACCAUGGAUUUCACCGUCAAUUACCACCACAACCACCACUCUACCAACUCCCCUUCCUCCUCCUCCACCUCUUCCUCUAAUCCCCACCCCACCACCACCGCCACUGCCACCACCACUGCCUCCGAUCACGACCCUAUGCACUCUUGGUGGGAGUCUGUCUCCAAGGCCCGCUCUCGAAUCCUAUCUUUAUCCAACAUUUUCUCCUCUCUUUCUUCCUCUUCCUCCUCUUCUUUCUCUCUCUCCUCCCUCGCCGACUCCGACCGUCCCGCUCUCUCUCUUCUCUCUUCCCCCGAGGCCUUCUCCCUCAUCUCUUCCGCCCUUUCGGCUCCUUUCUCCGGUUCCGGCUCAGAUCCCCUCUGCCAAUGGCUUUACGACACGUAUCUUUCGUCCGAUUCCCAUCUCCGACUCAUCGUCCUCUCUUUCGUCCCUCUCCUCUCCGCUAUUUAUCUCUCUCGUCUCCAUUCCCACGAAACCUCUUCAAUUCCUUCACUCUCAGGAUUCGAAGCCGUAAUUCUCGCGAUUUAUAGCUCUGAAGCCAAGUCACGUGGGGGGAAAGCAUUGCUCGUUCAAAUCCCGGACUUAUCUCAACCCUCACUCUACCACACUCCUCGAAACAAGCCCACUAAGUCAGCUAAGGAGAAAAAAUCUAGGCCGUCCGUUGGAGUUUUAUCGGCCCCUUUGGAGCCGCAGAUUGCUGUGAAGUCAACGAAGCGUGCUUGUAUUCUUGGAACCGCUUUUGAUUGUUAUUAUAAGCAGAUCUCGCAGAUGCCGAGUUGGUCCCAGCUUGAAUUUUGUAAAUUCGCGGCGGUGUGGGCUGGGCAAGAUUGUGAUUGUCAAAAUAGGUUGGAUUUUGAGGGUGAAAAUGUGAACGGCCAUGGCCAUAAUAUUGAUGAUUUAGUUGUUGACGGUUUGGAGAAAUUGGGAAUUGAAGAAAAAGGGGGUGCAAAUGGAAAUGUUGAAUUGAAGGGAGUGAGGAUUCCUUUACCCUGGGAAUUUUUGCAGCCUGUUUUGAGGAUACUGGGGCAUUGUUUGUUGGGGCCAAUGAAUUCUCAAGAUGUUAAGGACUCGGCUUCCCUUGCUGUUCGGCGAUUGUAUGCUAGGGCUUCUCAUGAUUUGGUCCCUCAGGCGAUUAUAGCGACCAGGAGUUUGAUUCAGCUUGAUAAUAGAGAGCGAGCUGCUGCUGCUGCAAAGGCCUCUGCUGCCGCCACCACCGAGGCUAAUUCAUCUUCCAAUGUCAAUACGCCUAGCAAGGCGAAGAAGCCUGAAAUUCUUUUGGUUUCUAAGUGAUUCAACUGUGCAGGUUUGCUUCAUUAUGCAAGUGAGUUGUAGAUAGUAUUGAAAUAUGAUUUGAGCAAAAAAGACAUCGAUGACUUCAUGAUUACCUUCAAUGUGCUGGAGAUUUUAACGUUUUUCUCAUACAAGUUUUUUACUAGAAAUUGAUCCAUUGUAUCAUUAAAAUGGGAACAUAGUUGUUGGUCAAAGUCAAACAUCUUGUAAUUAAGUUACUUGAGAAGGGUGCCCAAAUUGGUGUGCAUUGGAUAGUUUUGAAUUGUAUUUUAGAAUGACUAGGAGUUUUGAGUAGUGGAAGAUGUUUUCAAGGAUUGAAAAUGCUUUAGAUUUUGGUGCUAUUUAAUUAGAGUAUGUUUGUAAUAUAUUUCUUUGCUAUACUGUUAAGUGUAUCAAGUUGUUGCUAUAUGUUAGGAUUGUUGAGUGUGAUUUUUUUUCUGUGGGAAUUCAUAAAAUU